UUGAAGAGCGGAUGACAGGGUAUCCGCAGCGGUGGGAUCUGCGAGACGGGAAGCACGACUCGGGGCUUGGCAGGUUGUGGCGUUCACGUGCUGAAGCGCUCCGUACGGAUCCCUACCUUACCUAUGAGCUUAUGGAGGUUCCUUCAUCGACUGGCGAAACGACGACACCAUUUCAUGGUACUACAGCGACGAGUACAUACGCUUACUCGGCUUAGUACACUGCAGCACAGGGUGAGGGCAGUGCUGACUAUCAUAUCGCACAAUGGACACCCGGAGGCUGGUGCCCGAGACAUGCAAUUCAUCCCUUUGACCUGCGCAGUGUGCCAACCACUGGAGUCGAGGCCAGACACCGGGUCGCACUCGUAUGGGAUUUGCGUCAGCUCCCCUCAAUUCCGGCCCCCUCCACUGACAGAUGAUGAUGAUCCGGAUUAUACACAUACCUACGAAUGUACUGCGUUUCGCAGGCUGUCACAGAAGGCCAUCAUCGGUACGUUUUCGCCGGUGUCGUUUUCGAUGUCUGGGUUAUUGGCGCUGCACUGCCUGGUUGCCGUCAAACGGUUAGGUGGACAAGUAGGUACUUAGGGGCCCUGCGUGUUAAGGAGGGUACAGUAGUAGA